CGCCAAAUAAGUAAACACACCAUCCCCAAUAAUAGAGCGCCACCUUUCCGUUCCGGUAUCUCCGUCGUCUCCGACCUCCGUGGGCCCCAUUCUCCAAGAUUCUUUCUUCGUCCUCCCUUCCCUUCCCUUCCCACACACUCCACAGAUCUUUUUUUAUAAGCAGCUCCCCCAAUUCCCCACUCUCAUCCACUUCACCAGCCACAUCCUCUCCCUCCUCCGCCUAUCCACUUCCUUCUCCGGCAGAGAUCAUGGCUCGCCCCGCCUUCAUCUCCUCGAUCCUCCUCCUCCUCUGCUGCGCCGCAGCCGCCGCAGCCUUCUUCGACGACGACUCCAAUCCCAUCCGGAUGUUUCCCGAUCGCCUCAGCGACUUGGAGGCUUCUGUGGUCAACGCCGUCGGGAACGCUCGCGGGGCUCUUAAAUUCGCCCGUUUCGCUCACAGGCACGGGAAGAGUUAUGCGACGGAGGAAGAGAUCAGGCAGAGGUUCUCGAUUUUCAUGGAGAGUCGUCGUUUGGUCAGAUCCACCAACCGGAAGGGAUUGUCUUACAGGCUCGCCGUUAAUUAUUAUGCUGAUUGGACAUGGCAAGAGUUCCAAACGCAGAAGCUUGGAGCUGCACAGAACUGCUCUGCAACCAGGAGGGGUAAUUUCAUGAUCAGUGAUGCUGUCCUUCCGGAGAAGAAAGAUUGGAGGGAAGAUGGAAUAGUUAGCCCAGUUAAGAAUCAAGGUGGCUGUGGAUCUUGCUGGACUUUCAGCACCACCGGAGCUCUUGAAGCAGCUUAUGCCCAAGCAUUUGGGAAAGGGAUCUCUCUGUCUGAACAGCAGCUUGUGGAUUGUGCUGGAGCAUUUAAUAACUAUGGCUGCAAUGGUGGACUCCCAUCCCAAGCUUUCGAGUACAUAAAGUAUAACGGCGGUCUCGAGACCGAGGCAGCUUAUCCUUACACUGGAAAGAACGGUCUGUGCAAAUUCUCUGCCCAAAACAUUGGUGUCCAAGUGCUGAACUCCGUCAACAUCACCCUGGGAGCAGAAGAUGAACUGAAGCAGGCAGUUGCGCUGGUUCGUCCAGUCAGUGUGGCGUUUCAAGUGAUCAACAGUUUCCGCUUGUACAAGGAUGGGGUUUUCACCAGUGACUCCUGUGGCAGUACUCCCAUGGAUGUGAACCAUGCGGUUCUGGCCGUGGGGUAUGGAGUCGAAGAUGGGGUACCUUACUGGCUCAUCAAGAACUCUUGGGGAGCAGAUUGGGGGGACAAUGGUUACUUCAAGAUGGAAAUGGGGAAGAACAUGUGUGGUGUUGCCACAUGCGCUUCAUAUCCGAUUGUUGCAUAAAUCCGAGCAGGAUCUCACCGGUUGAUGGUUUACUAGUAAGCUUCUUAGCAUUGUGGCUAUGUUGUAGCUAUUUAAGUUCCACGUUCUGUACAAAAUAAGAACCCAUAUUAUGCAGCAGGAAAGAACACUGGUGUAAAUCUCAUGUAUUAUUGGAUGGUUUCACGUCAUGAACUGAAACCUUUGGAAGUAAAUGGAAUGGAUGAUGAUGGUCAUCAUCUUUAGUAGUUUGUUUCUGUGUUCGAUCUGCCUGCCUUGCUCUCUCUAACCAUGAGCCUGGACGUGAGAAACCUGAAAUUUGGAUGAAUUUUCCAUUUGACGAGAUCAACGAAUAUAAACAACAAAUUGGGUUAACG